UUUCCCUUUUAACUUUAUUCUCAAUUUUCAGACCCUCCUUUGCCUUCCCCCCCCGGUGUGGGCACAAACACUUCCGCUGCCAGCUCCGUACAAUUAUAGCAUGCCUGAAUGUCUAGAGAAAGCAGGGAGAGGCUUGAGGAGAUUGGGAAGAAGAUCAAGAGAGAAUCCGAUGUGUUCAGCAGUCAGUUGGGAAGGAGACACGUGUUGGGAGGAGAUGGAGGAGGAACCCUUAACACUAUUACACCUUGUGCGGCUUGUAAACUUUUGAGACGACGCUGUGCUCAAGAGUGCCCUUUUUCUCCAUAUUUUUCUCCUCACGAGCCCCAAAAAUUUGCUCCAGUCCACAGAGUUUUUGGGGCAAGUAAUGUUUCCAAGAUGCUCAUGGAAGUUCCAGAAAGUCAAAGAGCAGAUGCAGCAAAUAGUCUAGUUUACGAGGCAAAUGUAAGGCUAAGAGAUCCAGUGUACGGAUGCAUGGGAGCAAUUUCCACUUUACAACAACAAGUUCAAUCUUUGCAAGCAGAACUCAACGCAGUAAGGGCUGAAAUUUUGCAAUACAGAUUUAGGGAAACCUCCAACAUUAAUAUUCAUGUGCCCUCUAAUUCUAAUUUGGCCUUGCUUUCUUCUGGGGCUGUUUCUAUUGCUGCACUGCCACCUACUCCCCCUCCUCCUCCUCCGCCGCAUCUGCCCCCUCCGCCCCCUUCACUUCCUCAUACAUCUCCCUCUUCUUCCAUGUACUCCCCACCCUCUAGUACUGCCGCCGAUUUUAGCACCAUCUCCAACGAGAAUAUUUCUUUUUUUGGCUAAAUUUAUUUUCUUAGUUUAAAAACCCGUUAUUGAUCAAAGCCACGAACAAGGGGGGGACACAAGUAUAUGAUAAAUUAUUAGUAUUUUAUGUUCUUGAACAAAAGUGGUAAAUUUAUUUCUCAUUUAUUAUGAUCUUAUAUUUCCUUUUUCCUCUGACGUUAAAUAGCAAGGUGAAUUCGUUUUGAUACACACAUAGAUU